CACAACUUUAAAUCUUUGUCAAAGGAAUAUUUCUACAAAACCCUCUAAAAAAAUGUUCAAGCUGUUCACUGCCUGCUUUGUUGCGCUCUUCGCCGUCGCCUUCGGUGCUGCUAAGCCAGCACUCCUGGCCUCGCCUGCCGCCCUGGCGUAUUCUGCUCCAUUGGCAGCUGCGCCUUUCCCUGCCGCCUAUGCCGCCCCAGUGGCGGCCGCCUACACCGCCGGCUAUGCGCCUUACAUCGCACCAUAUGCCAGCAGCUUUACCGCUCAUGGCGUCGCUCACUCUGCUGCAUUCCCAGCCGCUUAUGCUGCUGCUGCUCCAUAUGUAGCCUCAUAUGCUGCUCCAGCUGUUUUACCAUCAGCACGAUUUGUCGCUCCUGCGGCGCCGUUAGUUGCUGCUGCUCCAGCUCCGCUCGUCGCCGCUGCUCCUGCCGUUGCUCCAGCUGUAGCUGCUGCCGCUUUCCCUGUGGUGAAAAAGUAAAGUUCUAAAUUUUACGUUGGAUUGUUAAAAGCGAAG